UUACCAGAGAAAAGAAGUUGAAUGGAUCCGAGGGUCGCUUGGAUUCAGCCCGAACAGAAAGGACCUGCGAACGCCUUAUGGAUGCACGUCUGGGAGACCUCUCAGGGAGCGCGGACGCUCUCCGCGCAGCACCAGCUCCACAACCAGAACCGCAACCAGUGCGUGAGUUACGCAGCGCUGGACGUUUUAAAAAAUGUGGCGGCCGCGGUGGCAUCGAGCAGGAGCGUCUGCAGCAGCGGCAGUAACGGUAACCUCGCUGCUGCCAGUUUGAGCAACGGCAGCAGCCAUCGCGGCGGCGUCAUGAACGGCACCGCGAUGUCCUCGCUCGGCGUCGCGCUGUCCAACGGGAACGUGCGUAACUCUUUCGCCGCGACGAGCGCCGCCGAGCCGGGUGAGGGACAGACGCUGACCCAGAAGACGGGACCCGUGUCCUGCUCGCAGGAACCCCGGACCGACAGCCCCCCUUCCGGCUGCUCGCUCGAGAGGACUACUGGUGGAAAUGUGCCGGGCGGCGUUAAUAAUAACACGAACGUCGGCGGCGCCGGUCUGCUCUUCAACGGGAGGGACGGCAUGGACAAUAAUGUCAACCUCUACCAUCUCCACCACCACCACCAUCACCACCACCGUCACCUACAGGAGCACCCGGCUUUCAAUCUACAGCAGAUUUGCGUGAAGCGCCAUCAGGUCCACCCGUCAUUACCCGUAACCCACACACACAAUCACCACCCGGGCCGAAGGAAAAGUGACAACAAGGCGAGCACUUAUGGGAUGAAUUACUUGCUUUCAAACUGCACUAACGGCAACUACGCGAGCACUUGGACGCCCUGGAAGACGAGGAAGUACAACCCGGGGGUCCUCGGACUCCACGAGGAGGUGAUGGACCUCUACAACUUCAUGUCUCCUCGGCCAGAGGAAGCAGCUAUGAGGAAGGAGGUGGUGAACCGGAUAGAGAUGAUCAUAAAGGAGCUGUGGCCCACUGCAGAUGUCCAAAUAUUUGGCAGCUUCAGCACAGGACUGUACCUUCCAACCAGCGACAUUGACCUGGUGGUGUUCGGGAAGUGGGAGCGACCCCCGCUGCAAGAGCUGGAGCAAGCUCUGCGCAAGCACAACGUGGCCGAGCCGUUCUCCAUCAAAGUGCUGGACAAGGCCACAGUGCCGAUCAUCAAGCUGACGGACCAGGAGACCGAGGUGAAGGUGGACAUCAGUUUCAACGUGGAGACGGGAGUCAAGGCGGCAAGCUUCAUUAAAGAUUAUGUUAAGAUGUAUCCAGUGCUGCCUUACCUGAUCUUUGUGCUAAAGCAGUUUCUGCUGCAGAGGGAUCUGAACGAAGUCUUCACCGGGGGAAUCAGCUCCUACAGCCUGAUCCUCAUGGUCAUCAGCUUCCUCCAGCUCCACCCUCGCAUCGACGCCAGAAACCCCAGUGAGAAUCUGGGCGUGCUGCUGAUCGAGUUCUUUGAGUUGUACGGCCGCCACUUCAACUACUUGAAAACCGGGAUUCGCAUCAGAAGCGGCGGCGCGUACGUCGCCAAAGAGGAGAUCAUGAAGGCCAUGACGAACGGAUACAGGCCGUCCACGCUCUGCAUAGAGGACCCGCUUCUCCCAGGUAAUGAUGUGGGGAGGGGCUCCUAUGGCGCCAUGCACGUCAAGCAGGUGUUUGACUAUGCCUACACUGUCCUGAGUCACGCCGUGUCCCCACUCGCACGCUCGUAUCCCAACAAAGACUCUGAAAGCACCUUGGGGAGGAUCAUCCGGUUGACCCAGGAGGUCAUCGACUACAGGGAGUGGAUCAUCAAGAAGUGGGGGGGCAGGGAUCUGGCGCGAACAGACAACAGAGUUCCACCUCCCAAGGAGUCGGAGCGGGAGCCGUGUGCGCUCGACGGCGCCGUCGGGAUCGAGGAGCAGCAGAGGGACUCGGCGUCGCCGCACAGCGCUGACUCGCCCAUGUCCAUCUCCAGCCCCCAGCAGCACUCCUCGGCCUCCUCCGUCUCCUCGCUGUCUGGAUCAGACAACGACUCUGACUCGGCGCUGCCGUGCCCCGUGCCUCCUCCCACCAUGCCGCCGUACCCGUCUUUCCCUCCUCUGGGCCUCGCUUUGCCACCGGGCCUCAACAUGGGCACCUGCAAGCCCGGCAUGGGAGGACACCACCUCCUCCUGCACCCAGGCUCACAGGCUCGCGUCUCGCUGCCCGGUGGUCUAGCCAUGCACUCCAUACCUGGCAGACAGGUGUGUAUAGACACCGGGCUCCCCCCCUUCUUCCACAUGCCCCCCCCAGCCCAUAUUUAUGCCCCCGCCCCUUCGAGCCCACAGUCUCCGCCCAGCCCCCACUCCAGCCACACGCACAAGAACGGAGCCAAGUUCAACGUGAAGGGCUUCCACAACCCGCCGCUGGUGAACAACCCCGUUCUGGCUAACCGCGGACACACUCACAGUCACACUCAGUACCACCGCAGCACUUGGCGACGCAGAAAGAGGGACAGCCUCCCGGUUAGCCUCAGCAGAUAGAAACCCCUCC